AGUUGUUUCAUUCAUUAUAUGUUUUGGUGUUGGAUGUGAAAGUUAACAAGUUGUUUGUUGAUCAUUUUAUACGCGUGUCUGUGGAUCAUAGAUGGCAUACCUGAAAUCAAGAUGGAAAAAUGGGAUUAUUAGAAAUUUGUGUAUGGUUGUGGUGUGCAUCAUGGGUUGUGUGGAGUCCAACGAUGAUGAAGCUGCAUACAUCUUCAAGCUUAUGAAUGCACUCAAACCCCCUGGCUGGUCCAACACCACCCACAUGUGCCACUGGACAGGGGUGUAUUGCGACCAUCAAAGUGGAAGGAUUGAACAGAUCGAUCUCCCUUCAAUGUCGCUAACGGGAACAGUUCCCGCAGGCCUCAACGACUCCCUCUCCCAACUCACAUUCCUCGAUCUCGCCUACAAUAAUCUGAGUGGUCCUGUUCCCUCCCUCGCCAACCUCACCUUCCUCCAAGCAGUGGACCUCGGCUACAACAAUUUCACCACCAUCCCUCAUGGUUGCUUCCAUGGUCUUACUAGUUUGCAGUACUUGAGCUUGAGAAGCAAUACCAACCUCCCACCAUGGAACUUUUCUACCGAUUUGACUCCUCACUCCUCCCAACUCCAAUACCUCUACCUGUCUUCUACAAAUCUCAUGGGCUCCUUACCACCAAACAUAUCCCAUUCCUUCCCAGUUAUGGAGUAUCUCUCUCUCUCUAACAACAACCUCUCCUCCAUCCCUGAGGGUUGCUUCCACAACCUAACCAGUUUGUAUGGCCUCUCUUUGGCCAACAACACCAACCUCCCACCAUGGACCUUCCCCCUCGAUUUGACUCAUUCCUCAUUCAAACUCUCCUACCUCGACCUCCAGGCUACAAAUCUCAUGGGAUCCCUACCAAACUUGUCUCGUUUUUUCCCCAACUUGAAAAGCGUAACUCUCUACAACAACAACCUUACCUCCAUCCCCCAAGGUUGCUUCCAGGGUCUACCCUCUUUGACGUGGCUGUGGUUGGAAAACAAUACCAACCUCGCACCAUGGACCUUCCCCGACUUGAUUCAGUCCACAGAACUGAAAGAGCUCAAACUUGCUGCUACAAAUGUUGUGGGCCCUCUACCAAAAAUAUUUGACUCCUUGACAAGUUUGGAGACUCUUCUUCUCUCCAACAACAACCUCAGCGGUGUCUUGCCAGAGUCUUUCGGAGGGACCAAGAUUGCCACCUUGCAUCUCAAUAACCAGAAGGGUAACGGGUUUUCGGGUCCCAUUGAUGUCCUUUCAAACAUGGUCGACUUAUCUCAAGUCUGGCUUCAAUGGAACUCGUUUACAGGACCUAUUCCUAACAUGUCUCGUUGCACUGCUUUACAAGAUUUACAACUUGGUCACAAUCAAUUAACAGGUGUGGUCCCAGAUUCUCUCAUCGCUCUUCCAAACUUGGAAUAUCUUUAUUUGGGCUAUAACUUUUUGCAAGGUCCUCUACCAAAUCUUACCUUCAGUGAUUUUGAACCGGCCAAUCUAGGUGUUAACACCACAAAUGGCUUCUGUCACAAAGAUCCAGGACCUUGUGAUCACAAAGUGGCCAUUUUGCUUCAAAUUGCGGCGGAAUUGAAGUAUCCAAUUCUGUUGGCACGUACAUGGAGAGGAAAUAAUGCCUGUAAAAACUGGAGUUUCAUUACAUGUGAUGACAAAAAUAAGAUCAGAAUGGUGAAUUUAUCAAAUCUGAAAUUGACGGGCACAAUCUCACCUGCAUUCGCCAAUUUAACAGAUUUGCGGGAAUUGUAUUUAGAUGGGAAUAAUUUGACGGGUGAAAUUCCUGAAGGAUUGACAACAUUACCUGAACUUGAGGUUGUGAAUGUCUCUAACAAUCACCUUGUAGGAAAUAUUCCCAAAUUCUCAGCAAAGGUCAAUUUUAUUGCCACAGGCAAUGAUUUUCCUGUGCUUCCUUCUAAUGGGCGAAUCCCAACAGCUUUGAUUACAGGCUUAUCAGCAACCAGUGUUGGAAUUUUGAUAACAUGUGUGAUGGUUAUUUACAAAAGCAAGAGGUUACGGAAAAUCAUGUUCAAAAAAACAAUUGUUGAUCGCAAUGUUGAGAAUUUGAUACAAAGUCAUGGGUUUAUUGUGCAAAAACGAUAUAGUUAUUCGCAGGUGAAAAGGAUGACCAAUUCCUUUAGUGAGAAAUUAGGACAAGGAGGAUUUGGUGUUGUAUAUAAAGGAAGUUUAAGUGACGGUCGUCACAUAGCAGUGAAGAUAUUGAAAGAGUCUAAAGGGAAUGGAGAAGAAUUUAAUGGAGAAGAAUUCAUAAACGAGGUGGCAAGUAUUAAUAGCACGUCUCAUGUGAAUAUUGUCCCAUUUUUAGGAUUUUGUUACGAGACAAAUAAGAGAGCUUUGAUUUAUGAAUUCAUGCCAAAUGGUUCUUUAAAUAAAUUUAUUGAUGAAAAAGCAUCAAAAUUGGAUUGGAGCAGACUCUAUCAAAUUAUAAUUGGCAUUGCUCGAGGAUUAGAAUAUUUACAUUGGGGUUGUAGUACCAAGAUUUUACAUCUUGAUAUUAAACCUCAAAAUAUUCUUUUGGAUGCAGAUUUUUGUCCUAAAAUUGCUGAUUUUGGACUAGCUAAAGUAUGCACAAAGAAGGAGAGUAUUGUAUCUCUACAGUACGCAAGAGGAACAGUGGGAUAUGUUGCACCAGAAGUAUAUAAUCAAAUAUACAGUGGAGUUUCUCGAGUUUCUCACAAAUCUGAUGUGUAUAGUUAUGGAAAGUUGAUUCUUGAAGUAAUUGGAGGAAAAGAGAAUUAUAAUGAUAAAGAUAGACAUACCAGUGAAAUGUACUUUACAGAAUGGAUUUACAAGGAAUUGGAGCAAGAUAAUCUUCCAACAAGAUGCUUGAUAAACACAGAGAAUGAAAAUGAUUUGGUAAAGAAGAUUAUUUUGGUAGGCAUGUGGUGUAUACAAAGAAAUCCAUCGGAUAGACCGUCCAUGAAAAGAGUGAUAGAAAUGCUAGAAGGACCACUUGAUUCUAUUCCAUUUCCUCCGAAGCCAAUGUGGUAUUCUCCUCAAGGAUCAAAGUUGCAAUCUCCAGAUAUAGCUUAUGACAAUACACAUGAAACAGAUUCAUCAAUUUCAAUUUCAGUGCCAAAUGAUUCCAUCAAUCCAAAUGAGUUUACCUUUCCUCCAUACUUAAGCUCCAAUGGUGAUAACUAUACAAGUUGUGCUGAUACUCGCUAUGAUUGUGGGAAGAUUAACAACAUUGGUUUUCCAUUCUGGGGAGGAAAUCGUCCAAAGCAGUGUGGCCACCCUCUUCUACAACUCAACUGUGAUCGUGAUCUUGACUCCACUACUUACAUAACCAUCAAGAACAUGAGAUACCGGGUUUUGGAAGCAUACCCGGAAAACCAAACCAUGAAGAUAGCAAGAGUUGACUACUUUGAAGGUCUAUGCCCUUCAAAACCAGUAAACACAAGCCUUGACUUUGACCUCUUUGAUAAUGGACCUGGCAAUAAGAAUCUUACCCUCUUCUAUCAUUGUUCUUUAAAUAAUGGUUUGUCCAAUUCCAUCCCCGGAUUUCUUAAUUGUUUCUCAAAUAGGACUUCCAAUGAAUACUUAUAUGCUCAUCUUGAGGAUCUAGGUGCUCCUCCUUCUGCUGUGAUAUGCACAACAAAGGUGUUUGUUCCAUUGUUGUUGCAAUAUGAUGAUGAAGUGGAGUUGACAUGGAACAAAAUAGAAGGUGCUAUCCAAAAUGGAUUCUUGGUGAAAUGGAUAGGAAGUGUAGCAGAAUGUUUCAAGUGUAUGAACUCAGGUGGAGCCUGUGGCUAUGAUUUGAAUUCAAAACAGGCAACAUGUUAUUGCAAAGAUGAGUCUAAUUAUUCAAAUCUGGGUGAUGGGCUCAUCAAAACUUGUGAUGCUUCUGCUACCUCACCACCUCAUCAAGAUGAUCAUGUCCUUCCAAAUUCAGUCAGCGAAACGCGUUACUCCUUUCCUUUGCUUCAUUCAUGUACUAAUAAUCUCCAUGGAUGCAAAUAUCGUUUACCUUAUUUUUAUUAUAUCCAGUCUUCGUCUCCUUUCUCCUCUGUCUGCUGCACUUUGAACCCAACUCCUACAUAUUUUCUUCUUCUUUUCCAUCAUCACUUCUCCUUCUUUUCUUGUUCUGCCUUUGCAACAAUGAAACCUCUUUGUCGUCUUGGCCGCCUCUCUUGCAUAUGGAUGUUCAUCUUGGCUCUUAUUGCCAUGGCAACCCACGUUCCAACAUCUGUAGGUGCUGCUGAUAACGUUGAUUACUUGGCGUGCAAGAACACUUUAAGCUGUGGAACCGUCAACCAACUCACUUACCCUUUCUGGGGUCAAAUUGACAACACUAAUAACAGGCCAAACUCUUGCGGUGAGCCUAACUUGCAGAUCACAUGUGAAGAUAACAACAAUAAUAAUAAUGGAGUCCCAAAGUUCACAGUGGAUUCUGUCAAAUACAGGAUUCUUGAUUGGGACGUCGGUAAACAGAAUCUGACAGUUGCUAGGGACGAUUACUUUAGUACUAGCUUUGAUUUCUGUUCAGGAGAUUUCAGCAACAACACCUUGGGUGAAACCAUACUUCAAUAUGAUGAUAACAGUGUUGUUAAUAUCACACUCUUGUACAAGUGUUCUUCAGAAACAAAGCCUUCGGAUCAGUUUACGUUUGUUCAAAGUUGCAGCAGCGGUAGUGUCUACUAUGCUGAACAAGAUGAUAAUAAGGCGCUGCCUUAUUAUGAAGGUUGCAGCACCGUUAUUUUUCCUGUUUCAAAGGCCCUAGCUUCGGCUUUUGCUAACAGUGCCAAUAACCCCAUUACUACUAUAAUUCGGCAAGCGUUGGAAAGUGGUUUUGUCUUGAAAUUAUUGCCUCAAAUCAAUGAUAAGUGCAGCGGAUGCACUAACUCAGGUGGCAAUUGUGGCAGCAAUGAUGGACAUUUCGUCUGUUACUGUAACGAUGGAACUCAUUCUAACUCUUGUUCAUCAUUAGGAUCAUCUUCAAGGUGGAACUGGCGGCUUAAGACAGCUAUAGGUGCAACAGCAGCAGGUGUUGGAAUUGUUGUAGUCUUUGCUGUGAUCAUUUGCAACCGCAAGAGAUACUUCAGUUUAACACAAAGGAGGUUAAUCUUUGAAAAAACAGGGGAAUCUGAUGACCAGAAUGUGGAGGAUUUCAUCACAACUUAUGGCUUUCUGGCCCCAAAGAGAUAUAGCUAUUCAGAAGUGAAGAAAAUCACAAACUCAUUUUGUGAUCAAUUAGGCAAAGGGGGAUAUGGUGUUGUGUACAAAGGGAAGUUAUCUGAUGGUCGUCUUGUUGCAGUGAAACUGAUAAAUGAAUCAAAAGGGAGCGGAGAAGAAUUCAUAAAUGAAGUUGCUAGUAUUAGUAGAACAUCUCAUGUGAAUAUUGUCUCGCUUUUAGGAUUUUGCAAUGAGAGAAACAAAAGAGCACUCAUUUAUGAGUUCAUGUUUAAUAGCUCAUUGGAUAAGUUCAUUUAUGGAAAUGGAUCUCCAACUCCUACUUGCAAUUUGGAUUGGAACACAUUGUAUCAAAUUGCAAUUGGCAUAGCUCGUGGACUAGAAUAUUUGCAUCGAGGAUGCGGUACAAGAAUUUUACAUCUUGAUAUUAAACCUCAAAAUAUUCUCUUGGAUGAAGAUUUUUGUCCUAAAAUUUCUGAUUUUGGAUUAGCCAAGAUAUGUCAAAAGAAAGAGAGUAUUGUGUCCAUAUUGGGAACAAGAGGAACUAUUGGAUAUAUUGCACCUGAAGUAUUUAGUCGCAUGUAUGGUGGUGUUUCGCACAAAUCUGAUGUAUAUAGUUAUGGUAUGUUAAUUCUUGAAAUGGUUGGAGGAAGAAAGAACUACGAGAGUGGACGGUCAAAUUCUAGCGAGAUGUACUUCCCAGACUGGAUUUACAAAGAUCUUGAGCAAGGUAACAUACCAUCUCAUAUGCACUCACUUGUGACAGAUGAAGAAAAUGAUCUGAUAAAAAAAACCAUUUUAGUGAGUUUAUGGUGCAUUCAAACAAAUCCAUCAGAUAGACCAUCAAUAAAUAAAAUAGUAGAAAUGCUAGAAGGACCACUGCACUCAAUACCAUUUCCUCCUAAGCCUUUUUUGUAUUCUACUUCAAGUCUACCCUUACAAAUUUCACAUAUAUCUUCCAGCAACAUGGAUGAUGAGUCCAAUUCAAUGACCACAGUAAAAGAUGGCUCCCUAGAAUCAAAGGAAGCAAAAGAAAGAAAGGCUGUGAUAAUUGGUGAUGAUUUUGAUCCUUGAUGUCUGAUUGAGAUGAGAGAUAAUUGAUGAUAUUAAAUUUGUUAGCUAUAAUUAUCCAAGUGUAAGGAUCUAUAAAUAGAACAGUUAUGUAAAAGAUAUUUACUCUAUUUAAACAUAUUUAUUUAAGACUC